AUGUCUGAGGGUCUUAAAAAUGUUAAUGCACGAAAGGAUUCUAUAAGGCAAGCCGACGAGGCACUUCUGGCCACCCUAGGAUACAAACAAGAGUUCAAGCGUGCUUUCAAACCUCUCGAAGUUUUUGGUAUUGCAUUUUCCAUCAUCGGGUUGUUGCCAUCCAUUGCUUCGGUGCUGUUCUAUGCAAUCCCCAACGGAGGGGGACCUGCGAUGGUUUGGGGUUGGCUUGUUGCGAGUUUAUUCAUACUUUGCGUGGGGAUCUCUAUGGCAGAGCUCGCAUCGGCAGCACCCACCUCAGGAGGACUAUACUUUUGGACGUACACGCUUUCGUCACCACGUUGGAGAAACCUACUUUGUUGGCUCGUUGGAUACGCCAAUACAAUCGGCUCUAUUGCCGCUGUCGCCUCCAUAGAUUGGGGUUGUGCUGUUCAAGUCGUCGCAGCCAUCAAAAUAGGUACCAAAGGUGCCUUCGAGGCCACGGAUGUACAAACCUUUGGUAUAUAUGCAGCCCUGAUUCUGACGCACACAAUAGUUUGUUGCUUAGGGACAGAGGUUUUGGCCAGAUUACAGACAGUUUAUGUGAUCUUGAAUGUGAUAUUAUGUUUAGUUGUAAUCGUUGGAUUACCGGCCGCAACAUCCUCCGAGUUCAAAAACACUGCUAACUUCGCAUUGGGAGAUUUCGUGAACCUCAAUGGUUGGUCGAAUGGCUUUGCAUUCAUACUCAGCUUUCUCGCGCCUCUUUGGACGAUCUGUUCCUUCGAUGCCUGUGUACAUAUCAGUGAAGAGGCUUCUAACGCCGCGACCGCAGUCCCAUGGGCUAUCGUUAAUGCUAUUGCCAUCGGCGGUAUACUCGGCACAGCCAUCAACAUUUCCCUUGCGUUCUGUAUGGGCACGGAUUUACAAGCUUUGGCUGACAGUGAUCAGCCAAUGGCUACCAUAUUCUUCAACUCGUUUGGUCAGAAGGGAACACUCGUACUGUGGGCUUUUGUGGUCGUCGUUCAAUACAUGAUGGGUUCAAGUAUGCUACUCGCGGCCAGCAGACAGACGUUCGCGUUCAGCCGGGAUCAUGCUCUUCCAUUCUCGAACUGGCUUUACAGAAUGAAUCCAUACACAAAAACUCCGGUCAACACAGUGAUAUUCGAUGCCACAGGAGCACUAGCCUUGGGGUUAUUGAUCUUUGCGGGCGACAGUGCGACUAAUGCGAUCUUUUCGGUGUCAAUCGUGGCGCCCUACAUUGCAUACGCGAUACCUGUCGUGGCCAGGUUCGUGGGUGACAAUAAUUUCAAACCAGGACCGUUUAGUCUGGGAAUCUUCAGUCUUCCGGUGGCCGUCGUGUCCGUUUCGUUCAUGUUUUUCUUUGGGAUCGUGUUCAUGUUCCCUACGACACCUCAGAUAGACGUAGCUAAUAUGAACUAUUGUGUGGUCGUCGUAGGAGGUGUGAUGGGGUUGUCAGUGGUCUGGUAUUACUUCCCGGUGUACGGGGGUGUAAACUGGUUCACAGGCCCGAUAGCUACGAUCGAAACGGUGGCACCCCAAUUGGUAGACCAAGUCAAAGGGGAACGAGGAAGCGACGAGAGUUGA